GCCGGGACAAAAUAGAGCCGAGAUUUGGGGCUUUGGCGCCUGCUUCCUCCCUUUUUUACUCCAAAAGCCCAGGGCACUGCAUCCACUCGAGACAUGUAGCUCGUGUGCGAGCAGAAAGGCGAUAUUAGCCUUCGCUCCUUAUUUUAGCAGCAUCCUUUUACGAUAACAACAUAAUGAGGCUCGCACUAUCGGAGGAAAAAUAACCAAAAUGUGGAUACCUACAGAGGAGGAGAAAAUCGGAGUUGUGAUCUGCAACUUCCGGUCGCCGAUAUGUCAGGCCUUGGUACUGGAGAUAGGGGAGACUGUACAGAUCCUGGAGAAGAGCGAAGGAUGGUACAGAGGCUUUUCCACCAAGAAGCCUUCCAUCAAGGGCAUCUUUCCAGCCAGCUAUGUCCACCUGAAAAAAUCCACCGUGAUCAACAGAGGGCUGUGUGAGACGGUGGUGCCCCUGGAGGACCCCAUCAUCACAGAGACCACCUCCACACUGCAGGAGUGGGGGGUGCUCUGGAAACAGCUCUAUGUGAAACACAAGGUAGACCUGUUUCAUAAACUACGUCAUGUGAUGAAUGAGCUGAUUGACCUGCGCAGACAGCUGAUACAAGGCCACCUCGCACAAGACCAAACGAGAGAGAUCAAACGCCACAUCACCGUGCGCCUCGACUGGGGAAAUGAACACCUUGGUUUAGACCUUGUUCCCAGAAAGGACUUUGAGAUGGUGGACCCAGAUCAAAUCAGUGUCUCAGAGCUCUAUAAAAUGCACGUCUCCAGCCGACACUGUGGCCAACAGAGCACAAAUCAGGGUGACAGCACAAAACAGCGGCAUGGUGACAGUUGCCGUGUCCCAGUGUCUCACCAUCUCUUCAUCAACCUGAAGAGCUUCACCUAUAACAGCAUCAGUGAAGAUGCAGACGUGUACUUCUCCCUGUACGACACACGAGAGGCCAAGCAGAUCAGUGAGAAGUUUAUGGUGAAGCUCAACAAAAAUGGAGGACCAAAGAAUCCUGAGAAAGUGGAUCGACUGUGUGCGCUCUUUACGGACCUAAGCAGUAAAGACUUGAAGAGAGAGCUCUACAUAGUUGCACAUGUCAUAAGAACUGGUCGGAUGCUGCUGAAUGAUUCAAAGAAAGGGCCUCCCCAUGUGCAGUACAGACGACCUUAUGGCUGCGCUGUUCUGGCCAUGAGCGAUGUUUUCCACACCAUCACAGAUCUGAAAGAGGAGAAAGACUUUGUACUCAAGGUUUACACAUGCAACAAUGAAAACGAGUGGUACCAAAUACACGAAAACAUCAUCCGCAAGUCCAACACAAAGUACUCCGCUCCAAGCACAAACUAUGGCCUGAUCAUCUCUCUACAGCUGCUGAGGGGCGAGCUGGAGCAGAUCCGAAGAGAAAACCAAGCCGUCUUCAACCGGGCCCUGGCUCUAACGCGUAAACUAGGCUUCCCAGAUGUCAUCCUGCCCGGUGACACACGAAAUGACCUGUACUUGACCCUGGAGAGAGGCGAGUUUGAGAGAGGAGGAAAGAGCGUCCAGAAAAACAUUGAAGUAACAUUAUACGUCCUGUACGCUGAUGGAGACACACUCAAAGACUGCAUUAGUUUGGGCACUGGUGAGCCCAACACGUCUGAGUACCGCUCGUUUGUCCUGUACCACAACAACAGCCCGCGCUGGAGUGAGAUGGUCAAGCUGCCCAUCCCCAUCGACCGCUUCAGAGGGUCCCACUUGCGCUUUGAGUUCAGACACUGCUCCACUAAAGAUAAAGGAGAGAAGAAACUAUUUGGUUUUGCAUUCACUCCUCUCAUGAGGGAAGACGGGACCACUUUGUCAGAUGAGGUCCAUGAGCUGUAUGUGUAUAAGUGUGAUGAGAAUGCCACCUUCAGUAACCAGGGCCUGUACCUGAGCCUGCCCUGCUGUAAAGAGGACUUUAACAGCUGUGCGAACCUCCCAGCCAAUCUGCCCUUUCAGAGAAGUCCCAAAGAAACCUUCUGGGUCUCAACCAUCCUCUGCUCCACCAAACUCACACAGAAUGUGGACCUCCUCGCACUUUUGAAUUGGAAAGCCCACCCCGACAGAGUGUUGGACAUCCUGGGACGACUGCGUCAGAUCAGUGGAGAGGAGAUUGUCAAAUUCCUGCGUGAUGUUUUGGACACUCUUUUCUGUCUCCUUGAUGACAACACUGAUAAAUAUGGACCAUUGGUUUUCCAGUCAUUGGUUUUCAUCAUUAACUUGCUCAGGGACAGCCGCUUCUACCACUUCAGACCUGUCAUGGACGCCUACAUCCAGAAUAAUUUCGCUGGGGCAUUAGCAUACAAAGAAUUGAUCCGAUGUCUGAAGUGGUACAUGGAUCGAUCAGCCGAGGUUGUUAGGCAGGACCACAUCCAAGAGGCAAUGAGGGCGUUGGAGUACCUGUUCAAGUUCAUAGUGCAGUCUCGGAUCCUGUACUCGCGGGCCACCUGUGGGAUGGAGGAGGAGCAGUUCCGAGCCAGUAUCCAGGAACUCUUCCAGUCUAUCCGCUUCGUCCUCAGUCUGGACUCCCGGAGCUCAGAGAAUCUGGUCUUCACACAGUGUAGAGGUGUGAACAGAUGCAUGGCUCUCUAUGUUCAUUCUCCUGGGUUUUCUUACAUCUCAGCUGCCCUACUGAACAGCUUCCCCGAUAUUUUUGAUGAGCUGCUGCAGAUGUUCACCGUGCAGGAGGUGGCGGAGUACGUGAGGGGCACUCUGGGGAGCAUGCCCAGUACUGUGGACAUCGGACAGUCUAUGGACGUGGUCAAGCUGCAGUCCAUCGCCCGCACUGUUGAAAGCAGGCUGUUCUUUUUCCCAGAGUCUCGCAGCAUCUUGUUACCUGUAGUCCUGCACCACAUACAUCUGCAUCUGCGCCAGCAGAGGGAGCUACUCAUUUGUUCAGGGAUCCUGGGCAGCAUAUUCUCCAUCAUAAAGUCAAGCUCUAUGGAGUCAUCAGUGCAGGAGGAGGUGGAGAUGAUGGUGGAGAGUCUUCUGGAUGUACUGCUGCAGACCCUUCUGUCCAUCAUGAGCAAAUCGCACUCAGUGGAGACAUCUAGAGGACAACGCUGCCCCCAGUGUACAGCCGAGAUAACUGGGGAGUAUGUGUCUUGUCUUCUGUCUCUGCUCCGGCUGAUGACAGAGCUCCACUUCCAUCAUUUACUCAACAACUUCCACAGCAAAGAGGAGCUUAAGGAGUUUUUAUUGAAAAUCUUCUGUGUAUUUCGAAAUCUGAUGAAACUUACAAUCUUCCCUCGAGAUUGGAGUGUGAUGAGGCUCCUAACCAGUCAUAUCAUUGUGGUGACAACACAGUUCCUGUCUCCAGCUCUGCACAAAAACUUCUCAGAGGCUGAUUUUGAUUUUAAGGUGUGGAACUCCUUCUUCAGUCUGACUGUACUGUACAUCAACCAGCCCAGUCUACAGCUCGAGUCUUUGAGUCCAGCUAAAAGGAAGAAACUCUUUGACAAAUAUGGAGAUAUGCGAGUUGUCAUGGCCUACGAGCUUUAUAGCAUGUGGCAGAAAUUAGGUGACAACAAGCCCCAUUUCAUCCCAGGAAUGAUGGGUCCUUUCCUUGGUGUUACUCUAGUGCCUCAAACAGAGGUCCGGAAUAUCAUGAUCCCAAUUUUCCAUGACAUGAUGGACUGGGAACAACGGAAAAAUGGCAACUUCAAGCAGGUGGAGGCUGAGCUGAUGGAUAAACUGGACAGCAUGGUAUCAGAUGGGAAAGGGGACGAUAAUCACAGAGAGCUCUUCAGUCUGCUGACACAAUUGUUUGGUCCUUAUCCAAGUCUGUUGGAAAAAAUUGAGCAAGAAACGUGGAGAGAAACAGGGAUCUCAUAUGUUACGUCAGUCACAAGACUAGUUGAACGGCUACUAGAUUACAGGGACUGUUUGAAAGGAGAUGAGAUGGAGAACAAGAAGAUCGGAGGUUCAGUCAACCUAAUGAACUUCUACAAGUCAGAGGUGAAUAAGGAGGACAUGUAUAUCCGUUACAUCCACAAAUUGUGUGACCUCCAUCUCCAAGCAGAAGACUUUACAGAGGCAGCCUUCACUCUGCUGCUGUACUGGGAGCUGUUGCAGUGGGAGGACCGGCCUCUUCGAGACUUCCUACACUAUCCCUGUCAGAGCGAGUGGCAGCGCAAAGAAAACUUGAGCCGCAAAAUACUGCACUACUUCAACAAGGGCAAGUGUUGGGAAUAUGGGAUCUCGCUGUGCCGGGAGCUGGCUUUCCAAUAUGAAAACUUAUACGAUUAUCAGAGCCUCAGCUGGAUACGAAAAAUGGAGGCAGCAUAUUACGACAACAUCAUUGAGCAGCAGAGGAUUGAACCAGAGUUUUUCCGAAUGGGUUUCUACGGCCGCAAGUUCCCCUUCUUCCUCAGGAACAAAGAGUUUGUCUGUCGUGGUUAUGACUAUGAGCGACUUGAAGAUUUCCAGCAAAGGAUGCUGGGAGAAUUCCCACAAGCCAUUGCCAUGCAGCACCCCAAUCAACCUGAUGACACCAUUCUACAAAGUGAUGCACAGUACUUGCAGAUCUACGCCGUGACUCCAGUGUCGGACAUCUCAGACGUUCCUCAACUGGAGCGCGUCCCGGAGAGGAUCAAAAGCUUCUACAGAAUAAAUAAUGUCUCCCGUUUUCACUAUGACAGGCCUUUCCACAAGGGCCCCAAAGACAGAGAGAAUGAGUUUAGGAGUCUCUGGAUUGAAAGGACAACCCUGAUACUUUCCCGUCCUCUGCCUGGUAUCUCCCGCUGGGCCGAGGUGGAGAGAAGAGAAGUGGUGGAGGUGAGCCCGUUGGAGAAUGCCAUUUAUGUGGUGGAGAAUAAGACCCAAGAGCUUCGGACUCUCAUUAGCCAGUACCAGCACAGACAGCAUCAUGGUAACAUCAAUCCCCUCAGCAUGCUCCUCAACGGGGUCAUAGACGCAGCUGUGAAUGGAGGCAUCGCUAGAUAUCAGGAGGCAUUCUUUGAUAAGGACUACAUCAGCUGUCAUCCAGAGGACACAGAGAGAGUCACACAGCUCAAAGAUCUCAUGCAGGAACAGGUCCACAUUCUCGGGGUCGGUUUGGCCGUCCAUGAGAAACUUGUGCACCCAGAAAUGAGACCACUGCACAAAAAACUGGUGGACCAGUUCCACAUGAUGAGGACAAGUUUACACCACGGAGUGCCAGGGGUGGACCGGUUUGGACCUGCCGGCUGCACAGGAGUGAACUCUCCCAGAGGAGUCCUAUCCACCCACAGUCACAUGAGUCCAGAGAGCAUCCGACUAAUGCACAGACACAGCCCUUUAAAUCUACAGGGUUCUAUCCGCCACUCCUCCUCCUCUCUGUCCUCCCACACAUCCAGUGAGGCCGGGAACCUGGUCAUCAUGACGGAUGGGCUGAUGGGGGAGCACCCUGAGGAAGCCAUGCACAUGCAGCCAAGUCCUUCCUCCUCUAGUCUGAGCUCAAUUCGCUCAAACUCUUCCCAGAUUAUUAACUCUGCACCUUCCAGUGCCAGAGGAUCUCCAUCUCUGCCGGACAAAGCCAAACACAACCGAGAAGUGAUGAUGCUGCUGCCUUCUCACCGCGAAAGGGCAAACAACAUGUACUACAACAUGGCUGAGAAUGGACAGAACAACCACAUGCAGCGUGCCUUAAUUCAGCAAGUCAGUCCCUGUAAGCCGUGCACCGAUCCUCAUAUGAACCUGCAAGAGAAAGUCUUUACAAAUACUCAGAACAGCUGGAGUUUGGAUGGAGAUAACAGAGAGUCCUAUAUGCCCCCUUCAACUGGAGGUUCCAUAAUGCCCCCAGCUCCACCCAGAUCCUUUCCACAAGGACACUUCCUGAUGCACUGUGAUGCAUUCCACCACCAGAGCACCGAGCCCCCUCCUGCUCUGCCUGUGCGCUCUCUCAGAAAGUCUCCGCUCCACCCGAUUCCUGGUUCACCGACCAGCCCUCAGUCGGCACUAGGGGGCAGUAACUCCACUUUAUCAGGGAGUGCAAGCAGUGGUGUGUCCUCCCUGAGUGAGAGUAACUUCGGGGGCCAAUAUCCGGAGCCUGGUCCCAUCAGAAAUGAUGCACUGGAGCCUCUCCCCAGUCACCUGUGGUCCCCCCCAGACGAGUACAUGUCCUCCCCUUACCUCCACAUACACUAUGGGGGAUCAGAGUUAGAGCCUGUGGACCCAGUGCGACCCUUCCACUACCGGAGCCCCACGUCCCACCCGCACACCCAUCAGCACCCACACUCUCACCCUCAUGCCCAUCCUCACCCCCAUGCUCACCCUCACAUGGGACUGGACACAGGGCACUCACACGGACCUCCGCCCGCGCAUCACCACCCCACCCCCCAUGGACCACAUCACAUCCCCUACCGCAGACCUCAGCCUCCUCCAGCGGUCCCACCCAAACCUUACCUGAGAGAGGGGUGCAUCCCAGAGGAGGAGCUAGCCCCUCAGCCCAUCCCGCUGCCCAGACGAAUCUUCCACUCACCCCACAGCCACAGGGACGACGGGGUCAAACACGCCUGGGAGACGUGCAUCAGUGAGGAGCACGAGGAGGCGCAGUGAUGGGGCUGGAUUCAUCCAAAAGUAUGAGUCUUGUUUUCGUUCCUUUAUCUGCAAAGACACAGGCACCAGAGCCAACUGUGUUGGUGCAGAUUAGGGAAACAAACAGCUCUAAAAAGAUGAUCAACUGUUUCUGCUCCAGUGAGUUUAUGUGUUGAUGAAGACACUGACUGUUCAGACCUGAACAUGAUUGUACACAACUGUACAACUAGUUUGUGAGCAUGUUUUCCAUUUGAGAUAAACUCCACUGUUUUGUGAAAGAUGACAAUAUGACCAUACUCACAAUUGUUGGUGCAGCUGUUGCCGCUCUUCAUUUAGCUUUGUCAUUUUGCACCACAAUGCAACACAGAUGGCUCUUUUUACAGUCCAGUGACUUUUGUGCUUAAAGCUACAUUUACAGUAUAGAAUAUCCUUAUUUUGAUAAAUUUGCUACAUUGUAGUGUUUUCAAAAGCGUAUCUCCAUAAUGUUUUUAAAACACUGUUAAGUGCUCCUUAAUAGUGAGUCAUAUCAGUGGUGCACUCUGAUGCUGCCAGCUCCAUAACCUGCAGGUCCUGGGACAUUACAGUCACUGGUGAAUAUUCAUCCAUACAAAGUGUAUGGACACAAUAUGAAUGUAUUUAGAUGAGAUGUUAUUUAUAUUGCACAAGAUGCAAAACUGGAUUUUGUUCAAGUGCUUUAAGUCUCUGUAGACGUGUGUACUUGUUCCUUUUGUGAGACGGGAGAUUGGAGCAAAUAAAGUGGAGGAGUGGACAGAGUAAUGAUUGUUACAGCUCGGACAUAAAGAAGAUCUCACAUGAGGACUCUUACCUUUAGCACCUGCGGGACACAAACAUAGCAGCACAUCUGUCUCUGCUUCCUUCAUCUUUCCUCUCGACUGUGUAACAGUGAGGGCUAUCGUGGACAGGCGCGGGCCAGUGUCAGACAUGCCUACUACCUGCCUUAAGUGCACUCAACGCAGUUUCACCUCUCACCUGGACAUUCACCAACACUACUCCUUAUGUGCUCAGUGGUGGAAAAAAUGGAUCUGCCUACUUACAUUUCUCUAUGGUUUUGUUCCGCUUUGGUUACAGAUUGUUGUUUGAUUUGUUGCGCUGAUAUUUCUCCUUCUGCCUGCAGCAGUUUUCAGUCAUUUAGUUUAUGUGGUAACUAAUUAUGUGUUUGCAAAAGCCCAGAGUGAGUGCAUGGUUUUACUUUAGUGACAUGGAAGCGGAGUGCUGUAUGCUCGACGAUGCAGAACAAGCUGGAAGGAUAUAGCUAAUAUUUUACAGUUGUUUUCCUGCAGGUGGAUGCUUUGUGUUACUGUACAUCAAGUUGUCAGCUGACUAGACAACAUCUAUUUUUGUAUGUAGGGUCAUCAGUGUGUGACAUAUCUCAGACAGAGAGAAGGUACUGCAUAGGCUGCUGUACUUUGAAUCAGAAUGAGGAUAGAGUAUAUAGAUUAGUGAAUAUUUAUGAGUAUUUGAAGGAAUGCUUAUGGGUGAAGAGAUACUCACAAUAUAGGUACAAUAGAAUUUUUGUAAAUCUGUUAUUGUACAUACUGCAGUAUUGUGAAAUAUUUUUGAGAAUUAUUGCCAAUGCCCCAAAAGCGUUUAUUGUUGUUUUGUGUAUAUACAUGUAAUCCAGAGAUUAAUGUAAUUGAUAAAUAUCUAUAAUUGGUGUUUGGAAAAAGGACAAAUCCAUCUGGCUGUGGCUGUCUCCACUGUUCUACUCAUAGAAAUCCUUUAUACACUUUUCAAUGUGCUUUCCUGUACAUAUGGUGUUAGCAUGAUCAAACAGUGUUUGGUUGUAAUAGUGGUUUUCCUACUCCCAUAACUGCUGUGGUAUGGAACUCAUUAACAAUACCAAACAUUAAAGACAAUCUUUUAUCAGCA